AUGGACGCGGCCAUAUCCGCCGCCCACGAAGCGCCGCCCGCUGUCGUCCUCGUCUCCGCCGGCGCCAGCCACUCCGUCGCCCUCCUCGCGGGCAAUGUGCUGUGCACGUGGGGCAGGGGAGAGGACGGGCAGCUCGGCCACGGGGACGCCGAGGACCGGCUCGUGCCGACGGUGAUCACCGGCUUUGAGGCGCCGGGGAUCACGUCCGUCAUCUGCGGGGCGGACCACACCACCGCCUACUCCGAGGACGAGCACCAGGUCUACAGCUGGGGGUGGGGGGAUUUCGGGAGGCUGGGGCAUGGCAACUCCACCGACGUGUUCACGCCCCAGCCGGUCAAGGCGCUGCAGGGGAUAAAGAUCAAGCAGCUAGCCUGUGGGGAUAGCCACUGUCUGGCCGUCACCAUGGCCGGUGAAGUGCUCAGUUGGGGGCGUAACCAAAAUGGCCAGCUUGGCCUUGGAACUACUGAAGAUUCGCUGCUCCCACAAACGAUUCAAGCUUUUGAGGGUAUUUCUGUGAAGAUGAUUGCUGCUGGUGCCGAACAUACUGCUGCAGUAACUGAAGAUGGCGAAAUCUAUGGAUGGGGCUGGGGUCGAUAUGGAAACUUGGGUCUUGGUGAUCGGAAUGACCGAUUAGUUCCUGAAAAAGUAUCUUCAGUGGAGGGAGAGAAGAUGGUGCUUGUUGCAUGCGGAUGGCGCCAUACCAUUACUGUUUCCUCCUCCGGUAGUUUGUACACUUACGGUUGGAGUAAAUAUGGUCAGCUUGGUCAUGGCGACUUUGAAGAUCAUCUAGUUCCACAUAAAGUAGAAGCCUUAAAGGAUAGCUCUACAUCCCAGAUUUCAGGUGGAUGGAGGCACACAAUGGCACUUACAUCAGAUGGAAAACUUUAUGGAUGGGGAUGGAACAAGUUUGGGCAAGUUGGAGCUGGCGACAAUGCUGAUCACUGUUCCCCAGCACAGGUUAAUUUUCCAGAGGAACAGAAAGUUGCCCAAGUUGCUUGUGGAUGGAGGCACACUCUUGCUUUCACAGAAAAGAAAAAUGUGUUUGCAUGGGGAAGGGGUACCAGUGGACAACUCGGUCAUGGGGAAAUAGUUGACAGGUGGAACACACCUGUGAUUAUUGAUGCCCUAAGCCCGGAUGGUCCUGGCUCCAAGAAGCUGGAAUCUUCAGCAGCUAUUCCCUUUGCAGCUAAAAUUUGGGUGUCACCCUCUGAAAGAUAUGCUCUUGUUCCUGAUGAGAAGGUUGCCAAAUCAGGCGAUGUCAGCGCACGUGGCAAUGGUGCGGAUGCGAGUGUGCCCGAGAACGAUGUAAAGAGAAUGCGCGUGUCAUCCUAG